ACAUUCUUCCUGACGAUCUUCCGAACGAGCUACCGCCAUACCGAACGCAUCAACACGAGAUCGUGGAGGAACCGGGUUCGAAGCCGACCUUCCGAGCACCAUACCGGCUCAGCCCUACGGAGCUGACUGACAUGAAAAAACAGAUCGAGUAUCUCCUGGCCAAAGGACUCAUCCGGCCAUCCACUUCGGCGUACGGUGCCCCAGUACUCUUCACACCGAAACCGGACGGAAGCCUGCGCAUGUGCAUCGACUACCGAGCUCUUAACAAGCAGACCAUCAAGAAUAAAUAUCCGAUACCGCGAAUCGAUGACCUGCUUGACCAGCUUCGAGGAGCUACGGUAUUUUCCAAACUGGAUCUGCGGUCCGGAUACUGGCAGAUACGGAUGGCGGACAACUCUAUCCAUAAAACUGCUUUUCGAACUCGGUACGGAUCGUACGAGUAUUUGGUAAUGCCGUUCGGACUCACCAACGCGCCGGCAACGUUCCAAGCCGAAAUGAACCACAUUCUACGACCACUUCUGGACGAAUGCGUGGUGGUGUACCUGGACGACAUACUCAUCUACUCGCGCGACAUGAAGCAGCACGUCGAACACCUGCGACGCGUCUUCGAAAUUCUUCGACGGGAACGAUUCUACGUCAAACUGUCCAAGAGCGAAUUCGCCCUUGAAAAGGUCCAGUUCCUAGGACACAUGGUGAGCGCUCAAGGAGUUCACGUCGACCCCAAGAAAAUCGAGGCCGUACGCACGUGGAAGACACCCGAGAACGUGAAGGAGUUGCAGCAGUUCCUAGGCUUCGCUAAUUACUACAACAGGUUCGUGCCACAAUAUGCGAAAAUCGCAGCACCACUCACGAAUCUGCUGAAGAAGAACACGCCCUAUAAAUGGGAACCAAAGCACCAGGAAGCCGUGGAGCAGCUGAAACAAGCACUCACGUCCGCACCGGUACUCAUCUUGCCAGAUCCCGAACGCGAUUACGUAAUCGAAGCUGAUGCCAGCAACCAGGCAGUGGGGGCAGUCUUAAUGCAAGACCAGGGGAAUGGACUGCAACCAAUCGCCUACCUCAGCAAGAAACUACACGGAGCAGAACAACUACCCGAUACACGACAAAGAGGCCCUUGCCAUCAAAAGCGACAUCUGCUACAGUGGGACAGCGACAUCGCGUAUCGGAAAGGAUCAACAAGAAUCUGGGUACCAAAUUAUCCUCCUUUGCGCCAGUUACUACUCGAAGAAUACCACGACGUCCUGUACGCCGGACACUUCGGUAGCAACAAGACGCUCACCAGUAUCGCCAAACACUACUACUGGCCCCACAUGGCAGACGACGUCCAGAAAUUCGUCACCUCGUGUGAUUCAUGUCAGCGGAUGAAGAGCAGCAAGCAGAAAAAGGCGGGACUACUGCAGCCUCUUCCUGUCCCAGAACAGCCAUGGCAAGUGGUUAGCCUAGACUUCAUCACCGGGUUACCACCUACCACCAGCAGUCAUGACGCAAUCCUUGUCGUCAUUGACAAGUUCUCCAAAAUGCGACACUUCAUCCCGACACACACGACAGCACGCACCGAGGAGACAGCACAGCUCUUCGUUCGUCAUAUCAUCUCACAGCAUGGCAUCCCAACCACACUCAUUUCCGACCGAGACCCCAAGUUCACCAGCAAGUUCUGGAAGGAACUUAUGUCUCUUCUCGGGACCAAACUCGCCAUGUCAUCCGCAUACCAUCCGCAGACAGACGGACAGACCGAGCGCCUCAACCAAAUUGUUGAGCAACUCCUCCGAGCAGCCUGCAAGGACGACAUCUCCAAAUGGGACUUGCACCUGCCCGUACUAGAGUUUGCUUACAACAAUGCUACGCAUGCCGCUACUGGACAGACGCCGUUCUUCCUCUGCUACGGACGCCACCCACUCACACCACAGAAACCGACAACAUCCGCUACGGUACAACCUGCACAUGAUUUCAUCACAACCAUGCAUCAGCUUUGGGAUCGGACCCAUAAGCGCCUCCUCGACAUUCAACAGCAACAAAAGCGCCAGGCCGAUCGCCAUCGCAACGACCACACCAUCACGGUAGGAGACCAGGUCACUCCUGUUACCUUCCGCUUACGCCUGCCAGCUACCUGGAAGAUUCACAACGCCUUCCAUGUCCAGCUUCUGAAGCCCUACCAGGAUCCGAACACGAUCUUCGUCGGACGCCAACCGCCGCCGCCGCCACCCGUCCUCGUCCAGAAUGAACCCGAGUACGAAGUCGAGUCCGUGCUAGCACACCGCCGACGUCGGAAUGGCACCGUGGAGCUUCUCAUCCGUUGGAAGGGUUAUGAUCCUUCUGAGGACAGCUGGGUCCCUGAGUCCGACAUGGGUAACUCCCGUCACCCUCUGCAUGACUACCUUACGUAGUAUGGCGUCCGCCAUCGCGAAAC